AUGGGAAAGAUAAUUUUCUAUGAAGACAAAAAUUUUGGGGGUCAUCAAUAUGAAUGCACGGAUGAUUGUUCAGAUAUGCUCUGCUAUCUUAACCGCUGUAACUCCAUCAUGGUGGAGAGUGGAUGCUUCAUGAUUUAUGAACAACCACAUUACAACGGCCAGCAAUUUCUGGUCCGUAAAGGAGAGUACCCAGAGUUCAAAAGCUGGUUGGGCAAAAAUGACUCCGUCUGCUCCUGCCGUGUAAUUCCCAUGACACAGGGAUCUUCUCAUGAGGUGAAACUUUUUGAGAGAAUGGAGUAUGGAGGUCAGAUGAUGGCUCUUGUGGAAGACUGUCCAGAUGUGAUGGACAUGUUCCAAACAAACCACAUAUUCUCCUGCAAGGUAAUUGGUGGAAACUGGCUCUUCUUUGAACAUUCCAACUACAGAGGCAGGAUGUACCUCAUAAGGCCUGGAGAAUACACCAGAUUCACUGAAUGGGGAGGCACGAGUGCCCGUGUGGGUUCCAUCAAACGAAUCAUGGAUUACUAGAAUUAACAUGCAUGCUUAAUAUGAAUUUAAUAUUUUUAAACCUUCUGUAAACGUUUACUAUAUUUACUCCAUUAGAUACUUUAUUUUAUUACUUGUUCAUUUUUUUUUAUUGUGACAUACACUGUUGUAAACACACACCAAACUUAAUACAGACUUCAAAUUCUUGUGUUAUUUAGGGCCUGCCAUGCUGAGUAACUCAAGCAAACAUGUCAAUUAACAGCUCAUGCAGCCUUUACACUUUGAAUGCUCUUAUAUGCUACCUCAAAAAUAAAUGUUUAUAAACU